CUUCUGGUACAAAAUGAACAUUAUCCAUUAUUUAAGCAUUAUCAUCACCACAUCAAACUUCUUCAUAUUUGCUAUCUUAGAAAGAAAAAUAAAAAGGAAAUAAACAGAGAGAUGGAAAGAAUAGAACAUAGAACAGUGGAAGUGAAUGGAAUCAAAAUGCAUAUUGCUGAGAAAGGUAAAGAAGGACCUGUUGUUUUGUUCCUUCACGGCUUUCCUGAACUCUGGUACUCUUGGCGCCACCAGAUUGCGGCUCUCGGAUCCCUCGGUUACCGUGCUGUUGCUCCCGAUCUCCGUGGCUAUGGUGACACAGAUGUUCCGUCUUCCAUUAGCAGCUACACAUGUUUUCACGUAGUUGGUGACAUUGUUUCUCUCAUCGACUUGCUUGGUGUGGAACAAGUUUUCCUUGUUGGUCAUGAUAUGGGUGCCAUCAUUGGUUGGUAUCUUUGUAUGUUUCGCCCUGAAAGAAUCAAAGCCUAUGUGUGCCUCAGUGUUCCAUUUCUCCAUCGAAACCCUAAAAUCAGAACCGUUGAUGGCAUGCGUGCGGUUUAUGGAGAUGAUUAUUAUAUCUGUAGAUUUCAGGAACCGGGCGAAAUGGAAGCUCAGAUGGCUGAAGUUGGCACUACAUAUGUGAUGAAAAAUAUCCUCACAACUCGGAAAACUGGUCCUCCAAUUUUUCCCAAGGGAGAGUAUGGAACUGGGUUCAACCCGGAUACCCCUGAUAACUUGCCCUCUUGGCUCACAGAAGAUGAUCUUGCUUAUUUUGUUUCUAAAUUUGAGAAAACAGGCUUUACUGGAGGAUUGAACUACUAUAGAAACUUUAACUUAAAUUGGGAGCUAACGGCACCAUGGACUGGAGUGAAAAUCAAGGUGCCUGUGAAAUUCAUAACGGGUGAGUUAGACAUGGUGUACACCUCGUUUAACUUGAAAGAGUAUAUCCAUGGAGGAGGGUUCAAGGAAGAUGUGCCGAAUUUGGAAGAAGUGAUUAUUCAAAAAGGAGUUGCUCACUUCAACAAUCAAGAAGCUGAAGAGGAAAUCAGUAAUUACAUUUACGAAUUCAUCAUGAAGUUCUGAGCUGAUGAUCGGGAAAUGAAAUAGUUAUGCAGCUAAAUCCAUUUCCUGAUUCUUAGUAGUUUCAUAAUUUGUAAUUUACAACAAUUGUUCACUUAUAAUCUAUCCAACUGGAUCUAUAUUUCUGGUUCAAAA